AUGAUAACAAUUCAAACUACACAAAGUACUAAUGAAGUUAAUUUCAUAAUAAAAGGGAAAUUCAUUAAACAUCAAGAAAAUUAUUUUAUUCUCACAGCAAAGGAUAGCUACCUAGAAUUAUUGACAUGCGACUUUAAGGAAACCAUAUAUGUGCAAAAUACAUUUUUAAAAAUAAUAUUUUUACAACUACUUGAAGACAAAGGCCAUGACAAAUUUAUUAUCGUUGAUGAAAGAUUAAACUUUCGAAUUUUAAAGUUUGAUCGAACUUUUGUUGAAUGUUGUUUUAUUGGAAAUUUAUAUUCUAAAAAAUUAAAAAUAUAUUCAAAAAUAAUUAAAUUAAAAAAAAAUGAUCAAAUUGACAAGAUCCAAUAUGGGUACCAUAAAUAUAUUAGCAUUUGUAAAUCAACCAACUCUUUUUUAAUUUCAAUUGAAAAUUUUUUAUAUGUAAAAAAAGUAAAAAUAAAUGAAAAAUACAAAAAUAAAUCUGACAUAAAAUAUUUUAAUGAAAACCACAAAAUAUGUUGCGAUAAUAUACAAAAAAAAAACAAAUCUAAAUUUAGUAAAAAAAAAAAUAAAAAUUUAAAAAAAAAAGACAAUGAGGAAUGCUUACACACUAUAGUGAAAGAAGAUAAUAGUUCACAUAUUUAUAAAAUAAAAAAAAAUAAAAAUAAUUUUUUAAACCCAAAUGGUAAUGAUAAACAUAGUACAUAUGAAUGUAGAUAUAUAAUUAAUAGUACAGACAAUGAGAAUAUAUUUUAUAGAAUUAUUAAAAAUGUAGAAAAUGGAUUUACAUUUUUUAAAUUUUCGAAAAAUAUAACCUUUAUAACAUAUAUAGAAUGGAAACACAAUGAUUUUAGCUAUUUAAAAUGGUGGGAUAAAAUUCGAAAAAAAAAAAAAAAAACUUCAAUUUCGUAUAGAAUGUAUGAAACAGAUACUAAUCAUAACAACACACGCAUAUAUAGAAAAAUUCAAAACAACUUAAAAAAUAAAAAUAACAUAAAUAGUGAAAAUAACAUUAAUUUUUAUCAUUCUACAUAUGAAAGCGAAAUUGAAAAUGGCAAUAAAAACGGCAUGCUUACAAAGGGGAUACAUAAAAUUAUUAAGAAGAAACCAAUACGUAGCAUUUCUAACAAUUUAUUGUAUGUACAAACUAAAAAAAUAUUUCAAAAAAAAACAAAAUGGAAUUUAAUUUCUAUUCCAGGGGUGAACAUUCAAAAUGAUACUAAAGAGGUUGCAAAGGAAGACAAUUGUAAUAACAAAGAAAAUAAAAUGCACACAAUUUUUGACAAGCCAAACAAAAAUAUGUGUCACAAAAUGAAUGAAGAAUUAGAGAAUUAUCAUGAUGAAUUUAUAUAUUGUACAAAUUUUAAAAUAAUUUUUUUAGUACAUUUUUUAAAAAAUAAUUGUACUUAUUAUGAAUUUAUAAAAAAUAUUUUAUUUUAUUCAAAGAGAAUAUAUAACGAAAUUAUAGACCUAAAGAAACGGCUUUUUUUUAGUAACAAUACAUACAAUAGUAACAAGAUUGAUAAUUCUUUUUUGAAAAAAAAAGACAUAUAUAUUGUAAAAAAAUAUAAAAAAGAAUAUUAUAAAGAUAUAAAUUAUUUAAAAAUAUGGAGUAAACAAAUUAAAAAAAUAAAAAUAAUUGAUUUUAUAAGUCUUCACAAUCUUAUUAAUAGUUACAAUAAUAAGUAUACUCACAAUUUUAAUACAUGCUUAAUUUGUCAACACUUUUUUAAAAAGUUUAUUUAUCUUAUUAAAAAAUAUAACAUAAAUAAUGAUAGUAAAAAUCGGAUGGAUAAAUUUGGCAUUUUUAAAAAUGUCGCUUUUUAUUCUGAACAGCAAGAAAUAAAUGUAUUUUUUUUAUUUAAUAUUAUGAUAAGAAUAAAAUUAUUAUUAUUUUAUUUUAUUAUAUUAUUUUAUUCUACUAACAAUGCAAUUAAUAAAGAAACAAUAUUUUCAUUUCAUAUUUUAAGAAGAAAGACAAAAAAUCCAAAAAUAGUAUAUGAGAUAUUAAUUCAAUUACACCUUUUAAAUGUUUUCUUUUUUCAUAUUUUAAACUUUUUAUUUAUUUCCGAUGAUACAAAUUGUGGUAUAUAUGACAAUUUACACACAAUCAAAACGAAUGAAAAUAUACAUGAACAGCCAAAUAAUAUAGCUAGCGAAAAAAACAUACAAAAUAAUAAUGAACUAUUUUUAGUACACACUAAACUAUCUUUACUAACCAAAUUUAUGAAAUUUGAUUUGGAUGAUGAUAAAACUAGUGAAAUAAAAAGUUCUACUUCCGUUGGAGAAAAUAUCGAGCAGUACUACACAAAUCCAAAACAUGAAAUGUCUCUAUAUUAUGAGCAAUUAAAAAUUAUUAUCAUAAACACAAUACACCUUCAUUUUAUAUCUCUUAAAUUGCUAAAUGUAAUGAAAUUUAAUUACCGUAAAGUUUGUAAAAAGUUGUAUCCAAAGGGUGCCGAGGGAUGUAAAAAUAAUAAAAAAAGCCAAACAAGCCAAAAAGAUUGUAAAAAGAAGCACCAUGCCAAAUUAAGUAACGGUGUGAGUAAAAUUGUAAUCAUAGCUUAUAACGAAAGAGAUGAAACAAAUAUUAUGUUUUUAAAUAUUCGAAAUAAAAAAGGAAAAAAUAUAGGCAUACAUGGCAACCAUAAUAGUAGUAACAUAUCUGAAUAUCAGAUAAUACCAAAAGCCAAAUUAAAAAUUCCCUUAAAUGUUGUUAAGAUUGAAAAAGUAAUGAAAAAUAUUUUUGCUUUGUUUACAAAAAUAGGGAUAUUUUUAUUUUCAUUUUCUAGCAUAUAUGAUCCAAAUAUAACAUUAAUCAAUUAUUACAUUUACAAUUCUAAUGAUAUAGAAUAUAUUUAUAAAUUUGAGUUUUUUAAAAUUAUAAAGAAAAAAAAUUAUUAUAAAGAAGUUAAAGAGGAUAUAUUAUUUUCUGAUUUUUAUUCUGAAGCAAAUAAUUUGAAUAAUUUUAUUAACAUGCCAAAUAAUAACACUGAUGAAGUUAUUAAAGCUUGUUCUGAAUUCUUUUGUACUUUAAAAAAUAAAAAAAAGUUGAUGUACUAUGAUAAAGAAUUUCUUAAUAAAGCUCAAUUUAAAUUUCAAAAUAAUUUGUUUAAACCUUUUAAAUAUUUAAAAAAUUUGAAUAAUAUACCAUAUUUAGAUAGUUUUUAUUUGUCUACAUUUGAAUAUAAUUAUAAAUUUAAGAUUUUUGAAAAAAUGUUUAAAAAAAACAUUUCGAUGUGUUAUUCUUCUAUGAUGUCUACUUCUUUUAUAUUAGAUAUAGAGGAAAAUGGACAGAUUGAAAAGGGCGUCAAUUACAUUGAUAAGAAUAUAAAUUACACUAACCUUUUUUACAAGCCACGAAUAUUAGAGAGUAGAAAAAGGAAGUCUUUGCAAGAUAACCCAGUUAAACAUUGUGAAAAAAAAAAUGGAAAAUGCACAUCAAAUGGCAAUAAAUAUUGUACAUCCCUCGAAAUUAGUAAAACAUAUUUUACAAGAAUGCACAAAAAUAAUGAAAAAUAUGAUAGCGAAAACGAAAAAAUGUUGAGUGAAAAAUAUACCGAUACAAGCUCAGAACAUAAUACCAAUUUUAGCACUACCAAUAAAAAAGAUAGAAAAAAAAAACGCUCGAAAAAGGUAAACUUAUCGCAGCUAAUUACAGUACCAAAUAUGAUAAUCCUACAAUUGGACACAAUAAAAAUGGAUAAUAAAAUUUUUGCACACACAUUAUUUAACAUACGCUACUUAAUUAUUGAUCAUGUAAAAAAAACAACACAUUUAAUUUUUAUACUUUAUAAUUACAAGAAUAAUCGAAUUUUAAUAUAUAGAAAUAAUUUCGAAGGAUAUAGUUUUUAUGAAAAUGAAAAAAAUAUGUUUAAAAAUAUUUUUUUACAAGUAAAAAGUGUAUUUUGUUUGACAAGCACGACCAAUGUGAUAUAUGACAAGGCUAAAGAAAAACAAUUUGAUAAAAAAAAUAUGAACAAGUCAGAAAAUAAUAGCAACUUUGAUAUAGAUCGAUCUUACAAGAAUAAAAAACAAAUGAAAGAAAGCAUUUUGUUGAUUUUGAAAGAAGAAAAAUCUGAUAUUGCAGUUGUAGUAAAAUCAGUUGUUUUAUUUAAUAAGAAGAAACAAUUAUAUAGUUUUAAAAGCUUCUUAAAUUUAUUUUAUGCAUAUAAUAAAAUAAAAUCAAUUAAGGAUUAUAAAUAUAAAUCAAAAAUAAUUAACAAUAAUUCAAAUAUGUUUCAACAUGAUACUUUUAGUGAAUUACAAAAAAUUCAAAACAUAAAAAAUGAACCAAAUGAAUAUUUAAAAAAUAAAGAUAAUAAUUCUAUAUUUGAAAUAAAAAAAGUGAAAAAAAAUUUAGGAUAUAAACUAUUUAUAGUUGAUAAAAAUGACAAUUUAUACAAAAUAAUGGCUGGAUAUAGUUUAUUAUUAGGGAGCGAUAAAAAAAAAAUAAAUUUAGGCUUACAAUCCUGCUUAAGUACUGCUUAUAAAAAUUCAAAUUUUUGUAACAAUAGCUUUUUUUUUAUCAGUAUUAAUAAAUAUUUUAACAUUUUGUGUAUAUCUAAUUAUUUUAAAACAAUUUUUUCUUUCAUUUUAUGUGAUAAUAUAUGCAAUUAUUUCGAGGAUUCCAUUUUGCUGUCCAAAAAGUUUAGUGAAAAAUUGGCUAGUCAGGAAAAAAAAAAUAAAAAAAAAAUAAACAAAAAUACUAAUAAAUUUUAUAUACUUACCGAUGAAGAAAUAAGCAAGUUAAAUUUUUUGCCUCAUAAAAUAUUGUUUACAAAAAGGAUUUAUAAAAGUAGAGAUAUUAUAUAUAUAAUUUUUUUAAAUCAUAUAAGUAUACGUAUUAAUAAAUAUAAGGUGUGUGCAAAUACUGAUCAAAUUAUAAGCUUUAUUGAUUUUUUUGAAAUCGAAUUUGAAAAUAAAAGUAUAGUUAAUCAUUAUUAUCAAGACAAUUUUUUAUGUCUAUCUUAUACCAAUAACACCGUUGACCUAUUUUACAUUGAUUUUGUAAAUAACCGAUUUUUUCUUUUAAAUUCUGUUAAUUCAAGAUCACCUAUUUAUUCGAUCUACCUAUUGAUACGUGCAAAAAGUAGAAAAAAUAUAGCCAGAAAAAAUGGCAAGGCUGGCACAAAUUUCUCGGAUUUUGAGGGCUCUCAAACCGAUGACCAUGUAAUAAUUUGCUUAGGAAAGAAAAGACAAUGUGAAAUCUUUGUGUAUUAUUUAGAGAAAAAAAAUAGUAAUAAUAUCAAUGAAGAUCCCACCAUAUACUCUCAUUUUAAUUAUAAUAAAAUUGGUAGAGAAGGGAAUAUAAAAUAUAAGUAUGACAAUAUAAAUGAAAAAAAUUGUUAUUAUAUGUUUAGGGAAAAUAAAGAAAUGAAUAUUAAAAUGGAGAAAGAGAAAUAUAGUGAUACAAUUAUCUGUAUAAAAAAUGAGCAUAAUUUUAUUAUAGACACUUUAAAUGACCAAAUAAAAAUUACUAGCAUAAUUAAAUUAAACAGUUUUAUAUUGAUUGGUACAAAUAUAGGUGUUGUAAAAGUUUAUGAUAUAUUUAAUGAUAUGGGCUUAAAGAAAUAUAAUAAAUUAUAUUUGAAUUAUUUUUUAUUUUGUAAAACUCAAAAAAUAAUAACAAAAGUAUAUGACGAAUUUUUAUUAGGUAAUGGGUGUAUAAAUUUUAUUAACAUUGAAAAAGUAGUUAAAAAUAAAAUUCAAUGUAGUGAUAAAAAAAAUAAGAAAAUUUAUUCCUCUUAUAAAAAAAAUGCAUAUGUUCCAGUAUUUUGUGAAAAUAAUUUAUAUAUGUUUUUAUCAAGUACGAUUAAAUCCUAUAAAUCAAAUAAUAAUUGCAAAUUUCAUAAAAACGGAUGUACUACAAAAUUGGCAAAGAAACUCAAUUCCAAUAUUGCCAACUUAUUCAAUGUCGAGAAAAAAUAUAUUAACAAUAAUUUUUUUAAAUUAGAAAAUAUUGGAUCUGACAAAAUAAGAAAUAAAAACAUUUUUCUUAUUCCUUUAAAAAUAUGUAUAAAUAAUAGAUCAUAUACACAAAAAAAUUACAAACACAAUAGGCAUGAACACGAAUUAACAGGUCAGGCUACAACUGGCAACGAUCUAUUUUGGCAUAUUUCUAACCAAAACAAAGAAAAAUAUAAUGAAAAAAAGGAUGAAAAUUGUUGUGAAAAUUAUUGUGAAAAUGAAAUGACAACUAGUUGGGAAACACACAAAUUGAAGAACUACAUUAACAACAAGGUGGUGAAAGUAAAAAAUUAUAUAAGCCCCAACAAUAUAAUACUAAUAAAAAAUAAUAAUAAAAAUAAUUUUAUUUUUUUAAUUAUAAUAUCAAUUAAUAAUGAAUUAAAGAUAGGGGUAGUUAAAAAAAGUGUCUUAUGUUUCCCUGAAAAGUACUCUUUAAACAAUUUAAAAAUCCAUAAAUUUGUUGAAGGAAAUACAUCAAAUGAGUUUAGUUAUUAUUUUAAAAAUGGGGUAAUAUAUUCAAGGCAAACUCACCAAAAAGAUAAUAUUAAAACUUUAUUAAGCUUAAAAAAUAUGAACAAUUCAGGUAAAAAAAAAACUGUGUGCAAUAAUAAAUAUAUUGGUUGUGAUUGUGGAAAAAAGACAAACCCAUUGAAGUUUGAUAAAUCAAUUAUAAAUAUACACACAAAUCAAAAUAUAAAAAAUAUAUUUCAUUUAAAUUUGGAUAGAAAUUAUAUAUUAAAAGAAGCUUUUCAAAUUUGUACAUGUAAAGAAAGAGAAGAUAUAUUAAAUUGGAUAAAUGAAAAAAUAAAGGACGAGGAAAAAGAACAAAGUAUAUUAAGCCUAUUUAAUAGUUUAAAAGAUAAUAAAAAAGAUAAAUAUAUUAAUAAUAAAGAAAAAAAUGAUAAAAAUCAAACUAAUUUAUUAUAUAUUUAUAAUAAUAUAUUUUUAAAGGAUAAUAAUAUUUUUGUAAAAAAUAAACAUAUAUUAUAUCUUCUUCGAGAUAAAUAUAUAAAUUUUAAAAAUAAUAUUUAUUCCUUUUUAUUUUUUAUUAUAAUAAUUUUAAAAUAUAAAUUAACUAGCUUUUUUCAAAAUGAAUUAGUUCAAUUUAAUUUAUUUAUAAAUGGCUAUUAUCCAUAUGAUGUUGAACAGUUAGAUAUGCUAAAUGAAUUUGAAAAAAAAAAAAAAAUAUAUAAAUCUGCGAAUAAAAUAUGUAAAAUGUUAAAUGCCUUAUUUUAUCAAAAAAAAGAAAAAAUAAAUAAAAAUAAUCAAAUUUCUGAUUUAGCUUGUUUAGAAAAUAAUUACACAAGUCAUAAAAAAAGGAACAAUGUUGACAACGUCCUAAGUUUGAAUGAAGAUAGGUUUAGAGAAAAUCUCGAUGAAAACAUUUUUGUAAAAAGACAAAAAAUGUUAAAGGAUCAAAAUUGUGACAGUUCUCUUAUUUUCAACAACCAAUAUAAAGAAAUCAAUAAACAUAAUUGUUUAUAUUAUACAUAUAAUAAUGUAGAAUUGGAUAAAAAUUGUUAUACCCCCAUAAGAAACGAGUAUAGUGAUGAAACAUGUAGAGAUUUAUAUAAACUUAUAAUUAAUAAAAUUAAUGUUGAUCAAAAUAUAGAACGAGGAGAUACACAUUUUGGUGGCAUAAAAAAGGAAGGUAAAAAUAAUUAUCGAUUAGCAAGCAUAAAAGCUAAUAAUCAAUGUUGUACAGGUAGAAAUAAACGAACACCAGUUCAUAAUUUAAACUUUGUUAUUAUACACGUAAGAGGUAGUAAAUAUAACUUUAGUAAUAUUAUAGAAUACUACAAAAUAAUUAACUCUAAAAAUGUAGUAAGACAUAACAAAAUUGCGACAAAAUUUGACAAGGAAAACUUAUGUGGCAUGUACAACCUCAAUGAGGAUAACAAAUUUUGGAAAAAGAGAAAAAAGGGAUAUAUAAAAAUUAUGAAUAAAAUUAUUGAAAAAAAUAAUUAUUUUUACACAAUUUUAAAAAAUUCAAAUAAAAUAAACAAAAAUUUGAAAAGAAAAAAGAAUGAAUCAAACAAUAAACAAGGAAGGAAAAAAAGACAUUUUUAUCGUUAUAGAAAUAUAUUUAAAAAAAGUUGGGAAAAUUUAAAUAAGUUUAAAGAAGAGUGUGCCAUAAAAUAUGGCUAUAAAAUAAAAAGUUAUAAAUAUAAAAAUUUCGAAAAAAAAAAAAUAAAUAAAAAUAAUAUAAAUAAUUAUGAAACAUAUGAUUGUCUUUUUGUAUAUAUCAACAGUAUAAGUUACAAAGUUAAGAACAUUGCUUUUUGUAAUUUAAAAAAUAAUUUUAAUAAAAAAUUUAACUUAUCAAAUAAGGAAAUAUAUUUUAUUAUGCGCUUAGUAGGUAAUUAUGUUUACUUGAUCAACUUUCGAACAUAUGUAUCUUUUUGGAUAAAUAUAAAAUAUAUCAAUAAACAUAUUUUUAUUCUUAAAUUGACAAAGAAAAAUAAUAAAAAUCACGUCAAAAAAAUGGAUGAAAAUGUUUACACAUAUGAUGAGUUAAAAAAAAGGGGAAUAGACACAAACUUGUUGAAGAACUCAUUGAAUGAAGAAAACAUUUUUCUGUUUAAAAAAAUAAGACGAGAAAAUAUUAUUAAUUUGUUUUAUAAGAAUGUGACUACAAAUCCUAUUAUAUAUAUUAAUAGAAACAUGAAAAAUGUAAGCAUAUUUUUAAAUAAAUAUAUUAUAUAUACACAAAAAAAUAAAAUAAUUCUACUAAAAAUAAUUUUGUCAGAGGAUAAUAGAAAUUUGGAUAGCCAUAAAAAUAGGGACGUAGAAGUUUUCGAAAAUUCUAGAGAGUUAAACUUUUCAGAGUUGUAUAAAAAGUUUAUUGAAGAUGACAAAAUAAUUAACAGAAAUGUGAAGGACACUAAAAAUAAUGAGAUGAGUGAAAAUGAAUAUUUAAGAAGUUUAAUUAUUAAAAAAAAACAAAGACUUACUGAAAAUGCGAGAAGAAAUAUGUUUACUAGCAAUACUAAUGAAACUAGUAGACGACACGAAAGAAUUGAUGAUAAUAAUAGGAGGGAUAGAAAUACAAAUGAAAGUGCAACUACUUUUACACUUCCAACAUAUGGUGAGCUUUAUGAAAACUAUAGAGCUAAUAUGGUUCGAAAUAGAAUCGAUGCCUUUUUAGGAAAAGACAGAACAAAUGAUAAACAAAAAUAUAAUUUUGAAGAUAUAAAUAAUUAUGUAUUUGAUAAUUUUUUUAAUUACAAUGAUUUAAAUUUUUUUAAAAAAUUUAAAUAUGGAUUAAUAGAAUGUUGUAAUAGUACAGAUAAUUAUGAAGAUAUAAUUGAUAUGAAAACUUUUGAAAAUAAAAUAAUAAUAAUUACAAAAAAUUAUUUAAAAAUGUAUGAAUAUAAUGAAUUAAAAAAUGUAUUUUUUUUACGUUCUAUAAAAUCUAUAUAUAAAAUUAUAUUGUCUAUAGAAAAAAAUAAUAGUAAUAGUAUUACUAAAGAUAAUAUUAUAUAUUCAAAACAAAAUAAUAAAAUAAAAUUAUUCAUAUUUAAUAAUAUAAUUGAUUAUUUAAAUGUUGUUUGUAAAAAUUAUUUAUUUUUUUAUAAAAUAUUUCAAAACAACAUCAUAAAUAUAGCUACCAUAAAAUUUAAAAAUGAUAUACACAUUUUAUGUAAAAAUAAAUUAUUUUACAACACUAUAGGGUUUAAUUUAAAUAUAAAUAAAAAAGAAUAUAUUACAGAAAGCUUUAGGAAGUAUAUAAGUAUUUAUGAAAACUUUUAUUUAAUAGAUAAAAAAUGUAAUAUAUAUAAUAUGUAUAUAUCUCCAUUAAAACAGAAUAAACAAAAUUACUACUUUGAUCAAAAUCGAAAUAUAGAAAUUUGCUACGAUUUAAUGAUUUUUUUACAAAUUUUAAUCGAAGGAAAAAAAUGUAAAACACAUCCACACCAUUGGAAAUACACAACAAAGACAAAACAAAAGAAUGCUAAAAAAAAAAAUAAAAAAAUUGAAAAAAAUAUAUAUUAUUAUAAAUAUAUUAUGAAAAAUAAGCACAAAAAAUUCUUGUCUAUAUUCAUAGAUAGAGCAAUAAUAUAUAUAAAUAAAAAAAUAAUAUUUUUAAAAAAAUUAUUUGAAAAAAAAUCCAAAAAUAUAUUCGAAUUUGAAUUGAAAUUAAAAAUAUUUAAUAGAUUAUUAAAAUUAUGUUCUUAUGAAUUUUAUGAUAAAAAAAAUGGAAUAGAAUUAUUAAAUAGUAUAUAUGAUCAAAGACAAAAUAAAAAUAUUACACCCUUUUCUAUAAUAAGUAGAAAAAAUGAUUAUAUUGAUAUUAUACAUAGUCAAUUAGGUGAUGUUGCUAUUUUGCCUUUAAAUAAUUUCGAAGCUCAAAAUGAAGAAGCAACAGCAUUAAGUAAUUGUAUUCCCAAUUCCAAUAUGACAUGCCUUUCAAAAGAUUUGAACAUAUCAAAGACUGUUAAAAAUAAUUACUUAAAAAGUGGUGAAAAUUCUAAAAAUUUAUUGAACUUUCGAAUUGGAUUGAAAAAAUGGAAUGGAGGAAAUAUAUGGAUGGAAAAAUUUACUAUGGAAAAAAUAAAUGAAAUGAAUAAAUAUCGUAUAUAUGAUAUAAAUAGUUAUAAUGAUGUUAUAAAGAAUAAUAUAAAAGAUAAUACACAUUAUGAUGUUGAUUAUUAUUAUUUAUUAGGCAAUAUAUCAAAUCCUGAUAAUAUAUUACAUUCUAAUAAUGAAGCAGAAGACUAUUACCAAACUGGUAUACGACGAAAUAUCUUAUUAAAUAAAUCUAUAAAUUUUAUGUAUUUACAUUUUUUAAUUAAUAUUUCUUAUAAUCCUAACAGUUUUUAUCAUAUUAAAAAAUAUUUACAUUUACAUUCCUAUUCUUCAAAAAUAUUUGAAAAAAAAAAUUAUUAUAUGAAUAUGGAUUUGUUAAAUAUUAUUUUUUAUUUUGAUAAGAAUGCUUUACAACAAUUAAAAAGUGCAUUAACUAUAUUUCCAACAAACCCAACUAUCGAAGAACUGUUUGAUGCCGUAUCUUCAUUGUCUAUGCCGUUUGAUAAUUCCUAA